AUGGUUUUAAAGAAAUUGGAGGGUUCUGAGUACAACAAAUUGGAGGCAUAUGCUCAAAAGUUGAGAGAAACAAGCCUUGGUACUGAUGUGGUGAUACAGAUAUCCAAGGAUGCAAUGGAGGAAGGUAAGAGAAGAUUUUUGAGGAUGUAUGUUUGUUUCCAGGCCCUCAAGAGUGGAUUCAAAGUAGGUUUGAGACCUUUUAUAGGUCUAGAUGGAACAUUUUUAAAAGGCAAAUGCAAAGGGAUGUUGUUAGUUGCUGUUGCUCAAGAUUCUUGCAAGCAUGUGUAUCCACUAGCUUGGGCUGUAGUGGAUAAGGAAACAAAGAUAACCUGGCAAUGGUUCAUGGAGAACUUGAAGGCUUCUUUGGACUUGAAAGAUGGUGAAGGGUACACAUUCAUGUCAGAUAUGCCGAAGGGUGUGUUAGAUGUUGUGAGGAAUGUAUGUCCACAAUCAUAUCACAGAUAUUGUGCAAGGCAUAUUGAAGCAAAUUGGAGCAAAAAAUGGAAUACUGAUGAGAUGAAAAAGUUAAUGUGGUGGUGUUCUUGGAGCACAUAUGAGGAGGAAUUUAAGGACAUGUUGAAACAGUUAGGUGAAGUUUCUGAGGAUGCUGUUAGGGACUUGCUGAAUUAUCCUCCAGUAACCUGGUGUAGAGCUUACUUUGAUACCCAAUGUAAGAACCCAAUAAUGGACAACAACUUUACAGAGUCCUUCAACUCUUGGAUUCUUGAAGCUAGACAUAAGCCAAUAGUGAAGAUGCUUGAGGAUAUAAGAGUGAAGGUGAUGAAUCAACUAAAGGAUAGAGCAGAAGAAGUUAACAGUUGGAGAGGUGAAUACAACCCAUAUGCAAUGGAGUUAUACAAUGAUUAUAGGGAGAUGACUUCAAAGUGCAAGGAAAAUUUUAAUGUAGAGAGGGGUUUUAAAAUAAGUGAAGGUGAAGACAAGCACACAGUGAUUUUGGAGCAAAAAAGGGCAUAUUUAUAUAAGAAACAAGACUCAACACUUGGGAUUCACUGGUGGUAUUCCAAACAAGCCUGGCAGUUGGUGUCUCAGCACAAACUGCAGCAUGUUAGAGGUGAAAGAUUCUGGAAAGUUGAGCCGCACCAAGCCAUGGAUCCACCACCACUAGCAAAGAUGGUUGGUAAACUUAAAAGUGAAAAGGUCAAGAGAGAAGGAUGA